AUUUAAACAAUGGGUGUUCCCGCCGGUGACGCAGAAAAAGGCAAGAAAGUCUUCACGCAAAGGUGCGAGCAAUGCCAUACCGUAGACGCUGGUGGCAAGCACAAAGUAGGACCCAAUUUGCACGGCCUCUUCGGCAGGAAAACCGGACAGGCGCCGGGAUUUUCCUACACGGACGCCAACAAGCAGAAAGGAAUCACAUGGAAUGAAGACACUUUGUUCAUUUACCUGGAGAAUCCCAAGAAAUACAUCCCCGGUACCAAGAUGGUGUUUGCCGGUCUCAAAAAGGAAAAGGAACGAGCGGACCUCAUUGCCUACCUUAAAUCAGCGACAAAGUAAAAGGCCACAAAUUAGCGAAAUUGGUUUUUGCGUAAAUUAAACGACGACUUUUAUUUAUUUAUUUAUGUGAGCUGUCUGUAUGAUUGGAUUAAAAAUAAUUAAUAAUGGUCGCUAUUGAUGUUAGUUCGACAAUUAUUUGUAGGUAAAUUAGGUGUUAUUCAAUUUUAUGUCGUCAUUUAAUCGAUGCAAAAAUGAAUACUCGUUCGUAUUAGUAGUAUUCUCAUCUAGUACAUAUGUUUACUAUAUCAUGACAGAUGAAAUACUUGUGCAAACUAGGCAAUUUUUUUAAAUUAUAUAAUUUAUAAUUUAAGAUUACAUUUACUAUUUAAGUGUAAACACCAAACUACCAUUGUACAGUAUGAAAUAGUCUAUUAUUUCGUUAGUUUCAUCCUGUCCUGUGUCCAUUAAAAACGUUG